UGAAGCUGAGUCGGCUGCACCAGAAUGAACCGCAACUCCAGGAAGGGGAAGUAGAAGCCCAGCUCCCUCCCUGCCAUGUCCUGUGAACCCCAGGCGGACCCUGGGGGGACGGCCAGCCCAUUGCCCACCUCCUCCCCUGGCUGGAGUGCCCUGCCUGCAGGGAGCCCUCCUGGCUGGGGGCAAGAGCUCCGCAAUGGCCAGGUCCUCACAGUUCUCCGGAUCGACAAUACCUGUGCACCCAUCUCAUUUGAUCUGGGAGCGGCAGAGGAGCAACUGCAGACCUGGGGCAUUCAGGUCCCGGCCGACCAGUACCGGAGCUUGGCUGAGAGUGCCCUCCUGGAGCCUCAAGUGAGAAGAUACAUCAUCUACAACUCCAGGCCUAUGAGACUGGCCUUUGCUGUGGUUUUCUAUGUGGUGGUGUGGGCCAAUAUCUACUCUACCAGCCAGAUGUUUGCUCUGGGGAACCACUGGGUGGGCGUGCUGCUCGUGACUCUGGCUGCGGUGACUCUGACCCUGACUCUCGUGCUGAUCUUCGAGAGACACCAGAGGAAGGCCAAUACCAACACGGACCUAAGGCUGGCGGCUGCCAAUGGAGCUCUCCUGGGACACCGGGUGCUGCUAGGGGUGACAGACACGGUGGAAGGUUGCCAGAGCGUGAUCCAGCUCUGGUUUGUCUACUUCGACUUGGAGAACUGCGUGCAGUUUUUGUCUGACCAUGUUCAAGAAAUGAAGACUAGCCAAGAGUCCUUGCUGAGAAGCCGAUUGAGUCAGUUAUGCGUUGUCAUGGAGACUGGGGUGAGCCCCAGGACGGCAGAGGGGCCCGAGCACUUGGUAGAGGAAGCUCCUCUGCUGCCUAGCAGUCCGCAUGCCACGGAGAGGCCACUCAUGCAGACCGAGCUUCACCAGCUCAUUCCUGAGGCUGAGCCAGAGGAAAUGGCCCGGCAGCUGGUGGCAGUGUUCGGUGGCUACUACAUCCGGCUCCUGGUGACUUCCCAGCUCCCCCAGGCAGCGGGAACACGACACACAGACUCUGAGAGGGCUCCAUGCCCCUGCCAGCUUAUAGAAGCCCACAUCCUAGGCACAGGGUGCUGCCCAUUCCUGGCCAGGUGACCCAAG